CCCUAGCUGGGAAAAACAACAAAAAAGACAAAAAAAUUGCAUAGGAGAGAGAAUAUCUGUAAUAAAAGUCGAGAUGGAAAAAGAAGGAAUGCCGUCGAAGCCAAAGAAACGUGACGGCAUGCUGACCAAUGGCUAGUAAAGACGGGCAGGGCAGCUGGAAAAUUGCUACUAUGUAAAACGUUUAAUAAUUAUUCUUUCUGUCCUUCUAUAUAAUGAGAGCAGAGGUGAAGGCGAAGGAAGGCAGAAGGAGAAGUGGCAAUAAUGGAAAAGGGGAAGAAGAGGCACUUUGUGUUGGUUCACGGAUCAUGCCAUGGGGGAUGGUGUUGGUACAAGGUUGUCCCUCUUCUGAAAUCAGGAGGCCACAAGGUGACGACUCUGGACCUGGCUGCUUCUGGUGUCCACCCCAAGCAGGUGCAGGAGCUGAGUUCGUUUGAAGAGUAUGUGGAGCCUUUAAUGGAGUUGAUGGAGCGCAUGGAGGCAGAGGAGAGAGUGAUAUUAGUGGGUCACAGCUUUGGUGGCCUCUGCAUAUCAGUGGCCAUGGAACGCUUCCCCCACAAGAUUGCCGCUGCUGUGUUCGUGGCAGCCUUCAUGCCUUCUCCUGACCUUAGCGCCGUCUCUCUUAUCCACGAGUAUCAACGAAGGUUGGAUUCCAAUAUGGACUCCGAGAUUGUUUAUGAGGAGGGCCCCAAUCCAAAUGGGCACCUUUUAUUUGGGCCCCAUUUUUUGGCAUCCAAGUUGUACAACCUCUCCCCUCCUGAGGACUUGAGCCUGGCGACGACACUGGUGAGACCAACUCGGCUCUACGGGGACGAAGAAGUGUUGGCACGCCAAACCAAAGUGACAAGAGAUAAGUUUGGAAGCGUUGCUACUGUGUACGUAGUGUGCGAGGAAGACAAAGUACUGAAGGCAGAGUUUCAGAAGUGGAUGGUUCGGAAACACCCAAAUGCUCAACACAUCAACGUCUUCGUCUCUGCUUCUGAUCACAUGAUCAUGUUCUCCAAUCCUUCACACCUUUCUUCGCACCUCCAACACAUAGCCUCCGCUUACCUGUAGUUUACCACCGACCAUAGUUUGUCAUCAAUUCUUAGCAACUCGUCCCUUUUGUUUUGAUAAAGAAACACAUCAUGGCCCGUGGAUUUUAAUCUCUCGGACCCAUGACUUGAAAACUUAUAUGCUGUCCAGAUUAUUACUGCUCUAAAAGUAAGGUUGAAAAAAUAUUUAUUUUAAUUAUUUAUAUAA